AUGCAUAGCUUUGUGGGCCGGGCACGACAGACGGUGUUGCGGCAAGGCUCAGCAGUGACUGGAACUGUCAUAGCUACAAGACGCGCCCAAGUUCUUCUUUGCGUAAACAAUGUCGCCAAAUCCACGUUUUUCCACACCCAUUUCCCCCAGCGUACCUCCGCAACUUCCGAAGAAUCCCUCGAUAUUCCUCCAGGCGUCACACCCACCUUUCACAACGCAUACAACUCCCUGAACGAUGCACUCAACUGGUCGAAAACUACUCCAGCAAGCCUCCGUCUUCUUUCCUACAAUAUCAAAACUUCCGCUGACGCUCAGCUGUUUCAAACUGCACUAAAGAGAUGGCGUAAAGCGCGGCAACCACAAAAUCGCACGGAUAAUGCCUUGUUUUUGGACAUUCUAUUCAAAAUUGGGGCGUAUGAGACGAUUUUGGAGAUGCUUUGUGAUCGGCCUGGAUAUAGGGUUUUACCUGAUUUCCAGCAUAUCAGCGAGCUGAUGGCUGGCUUCAGGAAUGUGGCUGUGAAAGGAGAAGGCAGUGAGGAGGAGGUGAUCGCGGUCUUGGACAAUGUGUACAAGACUUUUGCCUUAUUUCUGUACUACAGUAUUCCUCCGACGGCUGAGAUCUACUCGGCGGUCAUCACUUCUGGUGUGUAUUGCGGGUUACCAGAGGGAUGGAGAAGGUCCGAGGUGACUGCCAAGGAACAGAUUUCCCUUGGACUACCUUUCGAGAAGGAGGCGGUGUACGCCCUAGCUCACGGAUACAUCCUCAGUGGGGAUUUUGACGGUGCGCUGACAAUUCUCAAACACCUUGGCGGGGCGGAUACGAUUGGGCUGUUCUUUCAAUUUCAUUCUCUCGCAUCAAAAGGCGACAUACAGGGAGCCAUUCAAGUCUUGGAAAAGCUAGCGGCAGCGGAUCAGGUCAAUGUGGCAAAUGUUGUCGGGUCAGCACACUGGAAAUCGCUGAACGAGGUCGUGGAAGCAUUACUCCCACAGUUGAGCGAAGUGGAAAAGAAGACCGUGCUGGCGUUGGCGGAGAAUGCUAACGUAAAGUUAUCAUCUGCAUAA